AUGCGCUUCUCUUUGACUACCAUGGUGGCAGCUCUUGCUGCCAUCCCUCACGCUACGGCCACCUUGAAGGACGUUGACGAAUGGGAUAUUCUGGCGGGAAAGGCUUUAGCGAACCAGGUGCUCUACCAGUUUACCAAGCCCCGGUAUACUGAUAGCGAAUGCACCCCGUUCAAUGCUGCCGUCCGUCGGGAAUGGGGAUCUCUCACCAAGCAAGAACGGAAGGAGUACAUCGAUGCUGUGAUCUGUCUUACUAAGAGCCCUUCAAAGAUCGACCCUGCCCUUGCUCCCGGCGCGCGGACUCGUUACGAUGACUUUGUUGCGGUCCACAUCAACCAGACCCUGAGAAUCCACACCACGGGUAACUUCUUGACCUGGCACCGGUACUUUACCUGGGCCUACGAACAGGCCCUCCGCAACGAGUGCGGCUAUACUGGCUACCAGCCAUACUGGUCGUGGGGCAAAUACGUUGACGACCUCUUAGGCUCGCCUAUCUUCGACGGUUCUGAAUAUAGCAUGUCCGGCGAUGGCUCUUACAUACCUCAUGAUGGCCCCGAAGUGUUUGAAGGCGUCUUCCUGGAGCCUGGAAACGGCGGUGGCUGCGUCACCUCUGGCCCAUUCAAGAACUUCACCGUCAACCUCGGCCCGCUCUGGGUGACUCUUAACGUCCCUGGUGUGGAGAAGCAGAAUGGCACCGGCCUUGACUAUAACCCGCGCUGCCUGCGCCGUGAUAUCAACCCUGACGCUGCUAGAUGGACCACAGUUGAGGAAGUCGUCGACCUGAUCAAUAACUAUCGUGAUAUCUCCUCCUUCCAGGAUCGCCUGCAGGGCGAUUUCGUUAAUGGCUACAUCGGCGUCCACACCGGCGGCCAUUACACUAUCGGCGGCGACCCUGCGGGUGACUUCUAUGCCUCACCAGGCGAUCCUGCUUUCUUCCUGCACCACGCGGCUAUAGACCGUGUGUUCUGGACCUGGCAGAACCUUGACCCGGCUAGGCGCACUUUCGUCGUCUACGGGCCAACUCUACUGCCGGGACGAGGUCCUAGUCCGAACGCGACUUUGGAUGAUGUGCAGUACUUCGACGUUCUUGCUGAGGCUAAGACAAUUCUAUCCCUCUUUUGCAAGUGCCGUGAGGCUUAA